AUGUCGGAUUCGACGUUGUACUCACUCCAAUCAGGAAUGAUUGUGUUGGAAGGUGGUCAUACUGACCACAAAGCAAUAUCAAAUACUAUACCAAUCAACCACUUAUCAAAUAGGGAGCCAGAGAUUAACAUUCAUGAUCCAAAUGAUCAAAAUCUCAUACAGGGCUUCAAUGGAGACAUGAGUCUUCAAGAUAUGUAUAAUAAAGAAGGUGAUUUUGAUGAUGAAGAUGACAGUGACUGGGAGCCUUUAGAGAAACAUUUAACAAUUGUUAAAUGGUUUUGUGUUAAUUGCACUAUGGUUAACGGUGAUGGAGCUUUCUAUUGCCAUAUGUGUGGAGAGCAUAAAGAUUCUGGGAUCCUUAGGCAUGGAUUUCUUGCAUCAUCUUCAGAAGAUGCAGAUUCUAUUCAGAAUGCAUCACUGAAACAAAAUGGGAAAUCAGAAGCUUCUUGCUCAAAAACUUUGGCCCCACAUAAAUCGACAGCAGUGGGGUUUGAUGACAGAAUGUUGCUUCACUCUGAAGUUGAAAGGAAGUCUCUUCCUCAUCCAGAAAGACCAGAUCGUCUUCGAGCAAUUGCUGCCAGCCUGGCAACUGCAGGUAUAUUUCCUGGAAGAUGUCAACCGAUUUCAGCAAGAGAAAUUACACGUGAAGAACUUCAGAUGAUCCACUCUCAUGAGAAUAUUGAAUCUGUUGAACUCACAAGCCAACAUGUUGCUAGUUAUUUCACUCCUGAUACAUACGCAAACAAAGAUUCAGCACUUGCUGCCAAGCUGGCAGCAGGGUUAUGUGCUGACCUGGCAUCAGCUAUAUACUCAGGGCGUGCUAAAAACGGGUUUGCACUGGUGCGUCCUCCAGGUCAUCAUGCUGGAGUGAGACAAGCAAUGGGAUUCUGUCUGCAUAACAAUGCAGCCAUUGCUGCAUCAGCAGCACAAGCUGCAGGAGCAAAAAAAGUCUUGAUUGUUGAUUGGGAUGUACACCAUGGAAAUGGAACUCAAGAAAUAUUUGAGCAGAACAAAACAGUGUUGUAUAUAUCUUUACAUAGACAUGAAGGUGGAAAAUUCUACCCUGGUACAGGUGCUGCCCAUGAGGUGGGGUCCAUGGGUGGAGAAGGGUACUGUGUAAAUGUUCCAUGGAGUCGUGGAGGAGUUGGGGACAAUGAUUAUAUCUUUGCAUUUCAACACAUUGUGCUUCCAAUUGCGGACGCAUUUGCCCCUGAUAUCACAAUCAUUUCAGCUGGAUUUGAUGCUGCAAGAGGCGACCCCCUUGGAUGCUGUGAUGUUACCCCUGCUGGUUAUGCACAAAUGACCAAAAUGCUGUCUUCUUUAUCUAAUGGAAAAUUGCUUGUUAUUCUCGAAGGCGGCUACAAUCUUCGCUCAAUAUCAUCAUCAGCUACAUCAGUAAUCAAGGUAUUGCUUGGUGAAAAGCCUGAAAACAUGUUGGAGAAUGUUGUGCCUUCAAGAUCUGGACUGCAGACUGUUCUAGAAGUUUUGAGUAUCCAGAGCAAUUUUUGGCCAAAUGUGGGCCCCAUAUUUUCCGAAUUGCAAUCGCGAUGGGGAUCAUAUAUUUUCCAAGAAAUAAAAAAAAGGAAAAGAAGCCGAUUUGUGGUGCCUGUAUGGUGGAAAAUGGGACGAAAGAAGUUUUUACAUCACAUCCUCACAGAGCAACAACUUCGAUUUAACUCAAAAAGGCGUAAAAAAAUAUUAUGGUUAUAAAAUUUCCAUUAGUCACCCUCAUUUUGUACUACCUUAAUUUCUGGCUAAAUAGUUUUUUUGUGAGGGG